AUGGCCCCCAGCAAACCCACCCAGUGGGCGAAUGCCCUUUUUGUACUGGCCGCCCUUGCCACCCUCACAGCACUGCCCACCACGGCCGCCCGCGCCCUGCUCGCUGACCAGGCGACAGCCCCAACCAGCGAAGACUCACUUGUCUCAAGGUUCGACGGUGUGGACUUCCUGGACCCCCUCCAGCUCGCCGACAAGGUCCCCCAGAUCGGGAGCGACUCCUUCCAUGGGGACGGCACCGCCUUCUCCGACGCUGUCAACAACACGGGGGCCGCCUUCGCCUGCAGCUUCCGCUACCUGAACAACUGGGCCAGCCAGUACUUUGUGGCCAUGAACGAGGAACAGUGGAAUGAUGGCCUGGUCUGCGGCUCCUGCGUUCGCGCCCGCUGCGUCGACCCCAAGUGCCCCGUCCAGAACGUCGACAUCGUGGCCAUGGUGGUGGACCGGUGCCCCGAGUGCUCCUACGGCGACCUGGACUUCUCCUACCCUGCCUACUCCGCGGUCACCGGCUCCUGGCCCAACCGCCUGAAGGUGUCCUGGGAGAAGGUGGACUGCUCCGCCUUCAUCGACGGCACCAUCCGCAUGUGGCCCAAGGACGGCGUCAACCCCUUCUGGCAGGCCUUCUACUUUGCCAACUCCAAGUACCAGAUCCAGAACGUCACCCUCGACGGCGUGCCCCUCACCCGCCAGACCUUUGGCUUCUGGAUCCACCCGGGCACCGCCCCCACCGGGCCCUCCUCCCUCGUCUUCACCGCGGUGAACGGGGCCACCGUCAAUGCCACGCUCAACAGCGUGUGGGAUGCCCAGGACCUGGACGUCCAGUUCCCAGAGGUAACCGACGCCGCCCCCGUGGCCACGGCGGGCCGCCGGUGA